CUCUCUCUCUCUCUCUCCUCCAGGACACAAACAAAAGAAAAACCUUUCAGUCGCUUCAUUCCUCACGCAAACACUCACUCUCAGAUUCUGCUUUUUUCCCCAAACGCACGUCCUCUGCCCCUCAGCGUCGGCCUGUGUCCUUCUCACACGCAAACACGCUCCUCUCUUCUCCCACAGAGAGAGAGAGAGAGAGAGGGGGGGGGGGAGAGGGGGGAGCAGUGAAGGGAUUGCCGUGGUCCUCGGCGUUUGUGCUCCUGGUCUUUGGCUCAGAGGGAGCAGAGCGGCAGAUGGUGAUUUGAAGACGGGCUCGGCCAGAUUUCACUCCGCCACACAAUGGCUGACAACGGCUGGUUGCCACGGGAUACAGGAUUUAUCUUGAUCAUGUGAUUUGACUCCCACCAGUUUCCUGCCAUCCAUCAUAGGACAAAAGUGCAGGACGGAAAAGGACUUUGAAGACACUGCUGACUGAUACAGGGGUAUCAUGACCCGCCGGUUGAACAGCUCCACCCGCUCCCACACUGAGGACUCCAUCUUUCUGAGGCCUGACGAGGACCCCGUCUGGCUAGAUGAGCCCACUAAGACUGAUAAAAUAGGCGACGGAGAGCCUGAAAAAGAUGACCAAAAGAGCCUAGAUGGACCCGCGGGGGGCCAAAGCCCUCCGGCAGAUGAUGUGUUCAUGCAAAAGGUGUAUUCCAUCGUGCUCGAAAUCAACUGCUGGUUCGCACUAUUCGUCGUCUCCCAAGUCACGGGGUACGCUGUGUUUUUUCUGGCUGAAGGAAAUGGACCUCUCUCUUCGCUCUUCAAAGCCCUGCAGAUCAUUGACUUCUACCUCGGCCUCAUCUUACAAUGCUGCCCAAUUUUUGGAACGGAGACCACGAUGUUGAUGAGGGAGGUCGUGAACAACAAAGAGCACAAAUGGAUUCUCAAUGGAACUGCAGUCAUUGGUUUUGGCAUCUGCGCUACCAUGGUUUACAACGCGAUGAGUAAGUGGCGCAGCGGCACUGGCUUGUGGUGGACGGGGGCCGCGAGGCGGGACGCUGGGGAUCGGCGUCAGUCCGUUAGCCGACAGCCCUCCUUCACCCUGUCAGAGUGGACGGACGCUCAGGAGGACCUGCUGGACAUCGACCCCGUGCCCCAGACGCCGGUGUUUGAAAUAGGCAAUGACAUCAAGACGGAGGCAGACGCCGCCACGCUCACUGUCACACCGGUGGGGCUUCAGGAGAGGAGGGGCUCCAACGUUUCCCUGACAUUGGACAUGUGCACACCGGGCUGCACUGAGCCCUACGGCUACGGAGGCCAGCUCUCCCCGAGAGACCAGACGGCCAAGGAGUACCUCCGACAGGGAACCAACAGCCUGACCCCCGCCAUGCUACACACACGGGCCGUGGACGACCAAAGCCUGCAGGCUGAGUUCUAUGAAACUCCCAUGAACUUUGUGGACCCUAAGGAGUACAACUACUCGGGGCUGGUGAGAAAGAACCGCUACAAGACCAUCUUACCCAAUAUACACAGCCGAGUGAUCUUGAAGUCACUGGAUGAAGACGAUUUCCUCACUACUUACAUCAAUGCUAAUUAUCUUAAAGGCUAUGGGGAUGAGCAGUGUGCCUACAUUGCCACCCAGGGUCCCACCGUGAACACAGUGGGGGACUUCUGGAGGAUGGUGUGGCAGGAGAGAAGCCCAAUCGUAGUGAUGAUCACCAACCUGGAAGAGAAAAACGAGAAAUGUGCAGAGUACUGGCCUGAGGAUACUGUGACCCAUGAGGGCAUCGAGAUCACUGUCAACAGUGUAACCCAGGAGGACGACUACAGUCUGAGGGUGUUCACUUUGAAGUCUGGGGGAGAGGAGCGCAGCCUGCAGCAGUACUGGUACACCUCGUGGCCCGACCAGAAGACUCCGGACAAGGCUCCGCCUCUUCUGGAACUGGUGCAGGAAGUGGAAAGGGCUAGAGAGGAAGCCCCGCCCUCUAGUGGCCCCAUAAUCGUCCACUGCAGUGCUGGAAUCGGUCGAACCGGCUGCUUCAUCGCCACCUCCAUCCUGUGCAAGCAGCUGAGGACUGAGGGUGUGGUUGACAUCCUGAGAACCACCUGCCAGCUCCGUCUGGACAGGGGUGGGAUGAUCCAGACGUGCGAGCAGUACCAGUUUGUGCAUCACGUCCUGAGCCUGUACGAGAAGCAGCUGCCUCACGCUGCGGAGGAGUAGAGUGAGCGCCGCAGCCCCCACUCGGACCGAGACACACUACUGUACACUGUACCUCCUCCGGCGGUACGCGCCUCUCUACCUAGCAUCAUCUCAAUCUCACCCUUUAACAAGUCCAAACCGUGUAGACGUCUCCCAGACAGGCGGGACGCAGAGUAAGUGCAUUCUGGGCAGAACGGAGGGAGAUGGGAUUGGAAAAAUCUUUAUCAGACACUUCGGUGGUCCGCACAGUCCUGGAGAGCUGUAACAGUUAGGCCCCUAAAUAAUCCAAGACCAACAUUUUACUUGCACUAUUUUUAAAAAGAAAAGUGUCUAAAUCACCAAAACCUCAUCAUCGAUUUAGCGCCCUGAAAUACUGUGUUUACAGUUAUCAAAAAGUUACAAAAACUAUAAACCCUUGAACUGAGACCAUGUCAGUUUGCUCUAAGGAGGAAAUUUGAGUUUCUUCUUCCAAAGUUAGUGUCAAGUGGCCCAAUCAGCGCCAGCUUAAUUCAAAUCUACACAAACGAUCAAAAAAGCUUGUUAGUAAAUUCAAGUUAACUUACAUCUCCUCUCAUUCACUCCCAUUGACUCUCACUUUCAAUGUAAAAAAAUAAAAAAUAAAAUCAUGAUAGAAGCCCUGCUUUAAAUUUUGAUGAUUUCAGGAGACACCUCAUCUUCAGGUUGCAUGGUGCUAAGUGUUCAUUAAAGGCAUGUGCAAUGUUAUGGAACAUAGGAAUGUAUAGCAAUUAGGUUAUUAAUUAAAUAAUUAGAAUUUCUGUGCAGUACACUGUAUUACAGUUUUACCAUACCUGCCUGUGCAGUCCUCGUGGCCCAUGAUGUUUACAGUAAACGACUCCUGUAUUAAGGCCACAUAGAUUCAGAGGCGUCACGGAGCCACAGAGGCCAGAAAUAGAACCAGACCAUCGUAACAAAAUCAAUACAAAGCUCUGAAGGAUCUGACGUGUGCACACCGGCAAGUGUAAUGCACAGGAAAGCAAAUUGUUUCAUGAACAAAACGCGCACGCGUAUUGACAAAAAAAAACAGCCAAUCUUCUUGUAAAUGUCAAAUUUUUAUCAUAAAAAGAGUUACGUGCUCCGUGACGCUUCUGCUUUCAACAGUAGCUUAAACACAUCCGUGAAGUAAGAAGCCCAUGAUUGUUGUAUAGACAGACCAGACCUAAUCUGUAUGAAGCACAAUAGACCGACUACGCUAGUCUCGGAUGUUCAGCUGUAAACAUUCUUUUUUUUUCUCGUAUCGUGUAUUGAUUGUGUUUGGUUUAUUGGAUUGCAUGUGCUGUAUGGGACUUCAUAGGUCCACAAUCAAAGCGACGUGAUUGGUUGUCCUGCUUAUAUGGCUUGCUCUCGGCCGAUGCUUUUGAUACAGUUUGCUUUUGUGACACCAACCAGAGAUAUUUUUAGAACAUUUUGAUACAAUCCUUUCGAGUAGAUGCCUUGUGUAUAUUUCUGUUUACACCAUGAUGGAAUGUAGCUCAUACUGUGGAUCAAACCAUCGGUUUAUAUUGCAAGAUUUGACAGAACAAAAUGUGACAACUACCUAAGUUACCUUAAGGUGAAGAAAUUAAUUAGAUUAUGUAUAGUCUUCAGUAUUAUUACUUUAUGCCUGUAGGCUUUGCUUUAAUAUGCUUUACUUUCUGUGUACGUUUUUAUUGUUUUUCUUGGAGAAUUUUUACCUCAGACUGAGUUUUUACGCAGUCCCCACUCGAUUCCAUCUGUGACUCAAGGCCACUGUCCGUUGACGACAAGAGGAAUAAUUGCUAAGUGUAAGGCAGCUAAAACAGUGAAGACAGUUUUCUAUGUAACAAAAAUCACGUCAACAACAUCUGCUAUCUUGACUCAAUGCAUCAAAUCAACAAUUAUGAUCAUUAUCAGAGGAUGCAGUUAAAUUGUCUGUCUGUACAUUGAUCUGAGCCCACACAGGGUUCAGAUCAAUUUACAGACAUCAAAUAGCAAAUUAAACUGCCAAAAGUAUCUUUCAAGGGAAAACAGACUGGGAUUCAUAAGCAAAGCUACAAUCUUCUGCUAGACUUUUCGACGUAAUCCUCUGAUAAUCCAGUCCAGUGUACUCGAUUGAAAAGCUAUUACACUGAGAGCUUAUUUUCUUUGCUUAUCUACCUGGUCCUCCUCCGGUGAUCAAAAUGGGGAUGACGCAAUAUGCCAUACUAUCAGGCAUACAACCAACCAGCAAUCAGUAUUCCUCCUCCUUGCUACAGUACUGCUUUAAAUUGUGAGUUUUUGCAUCCAAAUAAAGGUAGAUUUUCAUGAA